AUGGGAGAAAAAGAAAGCUCUGGACCGGCAACCAAAAUCGGCAUAUCUGUCUCCCUAUGCGCGUGUUCCAUACCCUCAGCGGUUGAAACAAGAGAUCCAGAAACAAUAAUACACAAAAUUUCUGGAUAUCUCAAGAAGCUGCAAGUAAACAUUCCUUUUGUAGAAGCCCUGGAAAGCAUGUCGAACUAUGCAAAAUUCAUGAAAAACCUUCUGUCAAAGAAGCCUAAGCUGAAGGAAUGCGAAACAGUGGCCUUAAUUGAGGAAUGCAGUGCAAUCAUCCAGAAGAAACUUCCUCCCAAGCUAAAAGAUCCGGGCAGCUUCUGUAUUCCUAUAGCCAUAGUAAAUAUUGAAGUAGGAAAAACAUUAUGUGAUCUGGGAGCAAGUAUAAAUCUGAUGCCACUUUCCAUGUGCAGAGCUCUUGGAAUCAAAGAGCUAAAGCCAACUACAGUUUCCCUCCAGUUAGCAGAUAGAUCGAUCAGACGACUAGAUGAGGAUUUUCUAAUUCUGAAUAUGGAAGAAGAUGCCGAGAUUCCCCUACUGCGUGGGAGGUCAUUCCUAGCCACCGCAAGAGCAAUGAUCGAUGUGGAGCAAGGAAAACUGAUGCUGAGGAUGAACGAAGAGACAAUCACCAUUGACGUCUUUGAGUCAAUGAAAAAUCCGUCAGAUGGAGGAGACUGUUUCAUGCUUGACAUAAUACAAGAAGCAUUUGAUGACACGAUGAAAGAGGAGAGUUUCCACUCGAGUUAG